CUGAGUGUAACAGCAGUUCAUAGCGUUUAUAGAAAAGAUACAGAAACUGUUAAUGGAAUUUUUUGCAUAAUCUUUGUUAUCUUUUCAAAUAUAUUUUCUUAAAAACUGUUCACAUUUUUCGCAAUGAACGCUUCGGAAUAUGUUAUUGGAGGCCUGGCUGCCAUGGGUGCAACAACGUUCACCAAUCCAAUCGAUGUCAUCAAAACACGCAUGCAGUUACAAGGAGAGCUGGCGGCGCGUGGCACCUAUAUUGUGCCGUACAAGGGUAUUUUGCACGGUAUGGUCACGGUGGUACGUAACGAUGGUUGGACGGGUUUGCAAAAGGGUCUGGUGCCGACCAUGUACUUUCAGUUCAUCGUAAAUGGUAUAAGAUUGGGCAUUUAUACCAGCGCUGCGAAUAUGGGUUGGACACGCCAUAAAAAUGGUGAAGAGUCUUUCGGCUUGAGCCUCUUCUGGGGUGCCGCCGGUGGUGCGGUGGGCGCAUACUUUUCCAGUCCAUUUUUCUUGAUAAAAACUCAACUACAAUCGCGUGCAUCGAAGCAAGUCGCUGUCGGCUAUCAGCACAAACACACGGGCAUGUUUUCGGCGCUACGCACCAUCUAUCGACAGGGCGGUAUCUCUGGUUUAUGGCGCGGCUCUACAGCUUCCAUUACGCGCACUUCACUCGGCUCCGGUGCUCAAUUGGCAACAUUCGGUUCGAUCAAGUCUUUUCUGCGCGAACACAAUCUGAUCGUACAGCCAGCCUUGAAUUCGCUCUGUGGUGGUUUCAUUGCCGGUUGUUUUGUAACUGUGGCUAUGACGCCGGCUGAUGUUAUGAUGACACGUAUCUACAAUCAGGGUUUGGAUGCGUAUGGUAAGGGUCUCUUGUAUAAGGGUUGGUUGGAUUGUUUUACGAAGACCGCUCGCGCUGAAGGCCUUUAUGGACUGUAUAAAGGUUUUUGGGCGAAUUAUGUGCGCUUAGUGCCGCACUCGGCACUGGUGUUGCUCUUCUUCGAUGAACUUAUGACGCUCAAAAAUAGUUUAGGUAUUACAUUUUAGUGUGUUUGUAGAAUGUAAAAAAGUGGACAAAUAAAGUAAUCUCAUUAACAAAUUUU